AUGAUGCGCUGGCUGUCCUGCUUUAGAAAGAAGCAGGCCGGAGCCGCGGCGAGGGAUUUCGAGGGCGAGGAGUUCGGUAGCUCGCUCCAGGCAGAGCAGGGGACCUUAGAGGAGAUGCCUCCGUCGCGGCCUCCCGGUCCCAGCCCGGCAAUUCAAUUCGUGGAGCCUGCAAAGCCUCGCGAGGCUUCCUGCGAGUCUUUUCGCCUUGUCCCUGAGCCAAAGGCUUGGGAUCUCUGUGAAGAGAUCACCAUCCGAUUGCUUCAACAGAGCCGACCCCCGACCCAGCUCCGACUAAAACCGGACGACACCAUCCUCCAGGUCAAGCGGUCGAUCCCCUUGCAGGUGAAGGAGCUCCGAAGAGCUGACCACAGGAAUCUGGAACUCUUCAAGGGUGCCGAAGAAUGGCGCCUGAAGUUGAACUGCAGAACUUUGCGGCAGUAUGGAAUCGGACCUGGCGACGAGGUGACCGUUGUGCCCAGCUUGAGUGGGUCUGCAAGUUUCGAUUCAGUUCCAUUUACUCCUUUUGAGGAUGUACCCCCAGAGCGACUGGCGGAGAUCCGCGACAAAGCCAUGGCUCCAACGAGUUCACUCGAGCCUUUUGCACAGAUGGCUUUUGAGCGGCGGAAGGCUCUGAUUGCUCAGGAUUUCAUAGCUGACCGCAUCGCAAGCAUGUCAAAGGCACAGUGCGAAGAGCUACUCCGCUUCUGGGAGGAAGGUUUGCCAUAUCAGCCGCCCUACCUGGACAGGUUUUGCGAGCAGAUGGCGUCUUAUUUCAUCGACGAGUUGGCAGACGAUGCCAUCCAGCUGGAGGGCUUGGAAGCGCAGGAAGCAGAAGCGCUCUACAACACCUUUUUGCUAAAAUUCCAUGAGAAAUACGACAAGCUCCCGAAGACAGCAAGGCUGCAUGAUGGUACCGCUUGUUUCUGCUGCAUCCAGAAGUUUGCCGAGGACAUGCAGGCUCGCUUCGAUACCCUCCUGGAAGCGGAGGCCAUGCAUGAGAGACAGCAGUGCUCAAGGCACGGCUGA